UGCACUGAUGACGAACCACCUCGAUACUGUUAUUAUCACUUCACCAUUGAAUAUUACGUAACAAUGGGAAGUGCCUGCAAAUUUUGUCGACAAAACAAUACCGAUCAACUAUUAAAUGUACCAACUUGCCAAUGUAUUGAAGCUGAUGGCGCAGACAGGACAAUUCUAUCAAUCAAUAGAUUGCUUCCUGGACCCAGUAUUCAGGUUUGUCAGGGUGAUAUGAUAAUAGUAGACGUAGAAAAUAAAGCAGAAGGUCUUGAAGUUAUAUUGCACUGGCAUGGGCUUUUUCAGAAGGAUUCCCAGUAUUAUGAUGGGGUUCCAAUGGUAACCCAGUGUAAUAUUCAAACAGGAGACACAUUCAGUAUCGAGGUGGUUCGUCAUCAGUGCAUGUCCGUAUACAAUCUUCGAGCGAUGACAAUUUUUGUGAAACCGCUGUACUAUCUUAUUGAUGCUCAAUCCUUAAAUUUGAAACCGCAAGGCAAAGGCGAUCCACGAUUCGUCCUCAUGCCGGUUUCAAGACGAGAUAGCCUGGACGCCAAAUGUCAAAAUUAA